GGCGCUGGGAGCCAAUGAGAGGCCGCAGAGGACGGCGGCGCCGGUUCCCGUCAGCCCUCGCGCGGGGCGGCAGCGCCAUGUCGGUGGCGUUUGUGCCGGAGCGGCUGCGCGGGAAGGCGGAGGUGAACCAAGAGACGCUGCAGCAGUUGCUGGAGGAGAACGACCAGUUGAUCCGGUGCAUCAUGGAGUACCAGAACAAGGGCCGCGCCGCCGACUGCGUGCAGUACCAGCACAUCCUGCACAGGAACCUCAUUUAUUUGGCUACGAUUGCUGAUGCGACACCACCCAGCACGCAGAAGACUGCAGAGUGACUGUGCCUGGCUGGACACGAGCAGGGGAGCUCCACAGUCCCACUUAAGAGUCUUGCAAGGCAGCUAAAAACAUGGGACAUAGUAUUUGAUGUAAUAGCAGUCUGGCUUUUUUCCCCAUCCCUCCAGGCAGAACCCAAGUGUGAUGAUUCACACUCUUUUUUUCCUCUAAAACACUCUAUGUGAGUGUUCUCAGGGGGUAGCCUGGCUGCCAGGACAGCACUGCCAGCGCUGCCCUCGGAGGAGCCUGGCACUGGAGCACCCAGCCGCCCACAACACAGCAGCAGCAGCCACGUAAAAACUGGGAGUUUAUUGUAUUUAAUCUCUACUCCUGACACAAGGAAAGGACAGGGUGGGAGGUCAGGUGGGAAGAUUCUGCUGCACAGCCAGCUACAGGGGCUAGGCAGACACAAACCAGAAUGUGCACUCAGAAAGGCAUAGCCUCCCCUGAUUGUAUAUCCAGACACACGCAGCUCAGGGGGAGGACUCCUUGGACAGGACCCAUGCUAAGGGGAGGUCAUCUGACUGGCAGGCUGCUUCUGGUGGGAGAGAGCCCUCUCUCCAGCAGGACUCCACUGAUACCCUUGUGUACUGCUGGGGAGGGCUGAGUUCUCCAAGCAAACAAAGGACCUUCUGGGCCCAAAGGCAGCAGCCCACCUCUGAGGGUAUCAGGCUAAUCUUUAUCCGCUCCUAGCAAGCCUUAUCCUGUGGUGCUUGUACCUGCCACAGCUCCUUGCAGUCUCAGUGAAGCAAAGGCUGUUCUGUGAGGCUGUGUAACAAAGGACUUAGUGAACCAAAUGUCUAGGAAAGCUGAGGCUGCUGCAUAAGGGAGGAAUGGAGCCUUUGUUUCAGUGAGAGAGGGCUGUGGGUCUGCCCCAGCUGUGGCACAGCUCUUCCUUUGCCUGGACAUGUUCUGUACUGCAGACUC